AUGUCGUCUUCGUCGGGCAUGUUUGAUGUGUUGCUUGAAACGAUUAUAGAGAUUAUUCAGGUGGUCGAACAGAAGAUCGAAGAACUACGACAACAAAAUGUGGAUAAUGCGCGCCAAAGAAAAAGAAGGUACAUACAAAGAUAUCGUGAGGCGGCUAAUGAAAAACUCAUGCAUUUUAAGAGAGCUCAAGAGAAGGAGAGAAAGGAUGUUGAACGAGCGUUUGGUGCUCUGAAAAAACAUUGGCAUGUUCUUAAAUAUCCCCCACCUUAUUUGGAGGAGAAGAAAAUGAGUGAGGUGAUAUAUACUUGUAUCAUAUUGUAUAAUAUGAUUCUCAAAAAUAAAGAAAAUGCAAUAUGUGAGUAUAACGAAAAAGAGAUUGUUCCACCAACACAAGCUUUUGAGGUUGGAAGCGAGGAGUACUUGGCGAGGAGGGUAAUAAUUUAUGAUUUUGACACGCAUCAUGUUCUUCAUAGAGACUUGACGAAACAUAUUUGGACCGUCAACCACAUCGAUCUUAACGCGGAACCAGUUGAUGAUUUGGAUGGUCAAUUUUCCGAUGAAGAUGUCAUUUAG